AUACAAUGUGUGCAUAUUUGCAUAUGGGCAGACUGGAUCGGGCAAGUCCUACACUAUGAUGGGCAAACAGGAGCCAACACAAGAGGGCGUAAUCCCAAUGUUAUGUGAAGACUUAUUCAACCGAAUAGGCGACAACACAAAUAUCAACUCAAAUACGACCUAUUCUGUGGAGGUCAGUUACAUGGAGAUCUACUGCGAACGUGUGCGUGAUCUCUUGAACCCUAAGAAUAAUAAGAACUUGCGUGUACGCGAGCAUCCCCUACUCGGGCCUUAUGUGGAAGAUUUGUCAAAACUGGCCGUCAUGUCGUAUCACGAUAUAUCAGAUCUAAUCAACGAAGGAAACAAAGCAAGAACUGUUGCUUCAACGAACAUGAAUGAGACAAGUAGUCGUUCCCACGCAGUAUUCACAAUCAUAUUUACGCAAAAAAGGCAUGACAGACAAACGGACCUCACCACAGAAAAAGUCAGCAAGAUCAGUCUUGUAGACCUGGCGGGAAGUGAACGGGCAGAUGCAACAGGAGCAAAGGGCACGAGGUUGAAGGAAGGGGCUAAUAUAAACAAGUCGCUUACUACGCUUGGAAAAGUUAUAUCAGCAUUGGCAGAUGUGUCCCAAAGUGAAUGGAAAAAUAUAUCGAGUAAAAAGAAAAAGAAGACAGAUUUUAUACCAUACCGUGACUCAGUUCUGACAUGGUUAUUGAAGGAGAACUUAGGAGGCAAUUCCAAAACAGCUAUGAUAGCAGCUCUGAGCCCAGCUGACAUUAAUUAUGAUGAAACACUUAGCACACUCAGGUAUGCUGAUAGAGCCAAGAGCAUUAUGUGCAAGGCUGUUAUUAAUGAGGAUCCGAACGCCAAGCUUAUACGUGACCUCAAAGAUGAGGUCAACCGACUACGAGAUCUACUUAGAGCAGAAGGCAUUAUGAUUGACAAUCUGAAUGUUAUGAGUUCAAACCUUGGUGAACGCAAAAUGUCAACAGUAAUGGAGCAAGAAGCAGUAGAAAGGUUAAAGGCUAAUGAGAAAUUGAUAGCAGAAUUGAAUGAGACGUGGGAAGAGAAGUUACGGAAAACAGAAGCUAUAAGGCAUCAACGGGAAGAGAUGCUCGCUGAGAUGGGAGUUGCAAUCAGAGAAGACGGCAAUACUGUGGGAGUUUUCUCACCGAAAAAUACUCCACAUUUAGUUAAUCUGAAUGAAGACCCCUUGAUGUCAGAGUGUUUACUUUAUUACAUUAAAAAUGGUAUUACAAGGGUUGGGCUAUCAUCUGCCAAGGUUCCUCAAGACAUCCAGCUAAGCGGUACCAGCAUCAAUGGCCAACACUGUCUGUUUGAUAACUCAGAUGAUUCUGUUCUAAUCAUGCCAAUAUCACCAGAGUGUCUCUGUUAUGUGAAUGGAAAGAAGGUCGAGGAACCUGUGGAACUUUAUUCUGGUUACCGUGUUAUCCUUGGAAAAUUCCAUGUGUUCCGUUUCAACCAUCCUGAGCAGGUUCGUCAACGAAAGAACAGAUCACCGAUGAUAGAGGCUCCCUCUAAGGAGCCAGUGGACUGGUUCUUUGCUCAAAAUGAGCUUCUACAGAAGCAAGGCAUCAAUAUGAAGGAGGAGAUGGAACAACGAUUAUUAGCUCUGGAAGCACAAAUGAAGAAAGAAAAGGAGGAGGCAGACCAAUUACUAGAACAGCAACGACUGGAUUAUGAAAGCAAAUUACAAGCUCUUCAGAAACAGAUGGAGACGCACUCCAUGCUUUCGGCCACAUCUCCGCCACCUGACAUCAAAGAGGGCGAUGACAAUCUCGAAAGGUGGUGCUGGGGGGAGCAUGAGUAUCAGCUGGCUGCCUGGGCUAUCCGUAAGUGGAAGUAUUACAGAUUUACAUCUAUACGAGAUGAUUUGUGGGGCAAUGCCAUUCACCUAAAGGAGGCCAAUGCUAUCAGUGUUGAACUCAAGAAAAAGGUUGAGUUCCAAUUUGUGUUGUUAACGGAUACCCUCUACUCACCUCUGCCAGCGGAACUGCUUUCAGAGAAAGACAACAAAGAUAUAGGACAACGGCCAUUUCCACGUACUGUUGUCGCAAUUGAAGUUCAAGAUAAGAAAAAUGGAGCAACCCACUACUGGAGUAUUGAAAAACUAAAGCAGAGAUUGGAAAUGAUGCGAGAAAUGUAUGACAACCAGAGUGACGGGAUGUCGAUGACCCCAGAAUCGAAUGGGACACUGGAGAACGCGAUGACCUGUAGGGAUCCAUUCUACGACCGCUUCCCGUGGUUUAGGCUUGUUGGCAGGUCAUUCGUGUAUCUUAGCAACCUAUUAGUACCAAUCUCAUUGGUGCAGAAGGUUGCCGUAGUGAAUGAGCGAGGUGAUGUGCAAGGGUACCUUCGUAUCUCCAUCCAGCAUGUCAGUCCUGAGGACGAGGCAUUGGAUAAGUCUUCUGGGAGGAAGCAGUCUGCUAUUGCUAAGAUAAGCUUCAAUGAUAAAGAAUACUUCAACACCAAGAUGAAACGUAGUCCAACGGGUAUGAGCCAAUCAGCUUUAUCGUCUGAAGAACUGCGCAUUGUUGAAGGCCAGAGAGAAAACUCUGAUCUAGAUCUCCUUGAACAUUGUAACGAUGAUACUGAUAAAGAUGAAAUCGCCCUCAAUAUACCAUUUGAGUCGUUUGUGGAGCCCCCUGAACACAUGAAGAUUGGCAGCAAGAUGUGUUUCCGUGUGACUGUCCUUCAAGGCAUGGGUAUCUCUUCGGAAUAUGCUGAUAUAUUCUGUCAAUUCAACCUAUUGCCUCAGAAAGAUGGUUGUUUUUCUACGGACCCAGUAAAGAAUCGUCGUUCUGGUGGAAGGCCUAUUUUGGCUUUCUACCAUAACCAAGACAUCCAAGUGACAGUUACCAAAGCAUUUGUUGACUACGUACGCACACAGCCAAUCAUGUUUGAGGUAUUUGGCCACUAUCAAGCCCAUCCACUGCACAGCCAAAGUCAAGAGGUCACAAGCUUGGGCAAUGCCACAAUUCGGGCAAUACCUGUGCUCCCUCCAAGAAUCUCGUCUCGAUCGCUGUUACGGCCAGCGAAACGAAGCUUCCCUUCAUCUCUUCCAUUGGCCCGCCCUGUGCCCUCUCCUAAACAGGGACCAUGUGUGUCACUGCCAUGCAGCACAAGUCAUCUGCACUCCAAACAUGAUAUUCUUUUGUGGGUCGAAAUAUGUGAACUAGCACCGUCUGGCGAGUAUAUUCCAUGUGUGGUUGAUCAUCCCAAUAAGUCUCCACCUGGAAGCGGUUGCUUUAUGCUUCAUCAAGGCAUCCAGCGAAGACUCGCCAUCACAAUUGUUCAUGAACCUGCUAAACAACUAGAGUGGAAAGAUGUCAAAGAGUUGGUUGUCGGACGCAUUCGCACAAAACUUGAAGUAAACGAGCCAGAUUAUGAGCUGUCUGUUUUGUCUCUCAACCUUCUUCCAUCUGGUUAUAUACAAUAUCCAAAUGAUGACAGGAUAUUCUUCCGGUUUGAGGCAGCGUGGGAUAGUUCCUUGCAUAAUUCAAUUUUAUUGAAUCGUGUUACCCCCUACAGAGAACAUGUUUAUCUAACAUUAUCAGCCUACAUGGAGUUGGAAAAUUGUGGCCAGUCAGCUUGUUUUACCAAAGAUCUUUGCCUCCAGAUCCAUGAGCGUGAUGCUAAAAUCACAACCACACGUUCCUUUCGAAAUUUCUUUGGGGGUGGCUAUUACAAAUCAUCUGACUGUAAUCGGGUCAGUGGUGUGUAUGAGCUAUCAUUGAAGAGGUCGUCUGAUGCAUUGAGUCCAGGCAAAUCUUUUAGCCACCAUGAUCUUCGGGAGCUUCUGGAGUCAACCUCCCCUAUCUCCCCCGCGUACUCUUCUCCCAUGGGUACUCAACGGAGACUCCGCAAAGUCAUAGACACAUCUGGUACAUACGUGCGAGGCGAGGAGAACUUGAAAGGCUGGCGACCACGUGCCGAUUCCCUUAUUCUUGAUCACCAGUGGGAACUUGAGAAAAUCAAAAGGCUUGAAGAGGUUGAAAAAGCAAGGCACACUCUCUCCUUGAAAGACAAACUAAGCGGGAAUGUAAAGACAUAUGAACGAGAGCCACUCACAGAGGACGAAGAGGAUGAUGAGGACGCCGUCUUUUCACCUGAAAAACAAGACUUGCUUACCAAAUGCUUGAAGCUUCUUACUCAAGAGAAGUCACAGGUGCCUGACUUACCACAUGUACAGGUGACUGGAACACCAAGUACAGAUGGAGAAAGCCCAGAGGAAGGUGGAGGUAUACGUGACUUUGGACCAUGCCCAACUGUGCAGACAGAAACUUUACGGAAAUGCGUUUCCGAGUCAGAUUUACAGAGCCUUUCUCCUAGGAUUGCUCGUCGUUUACCGGUGCCAACAGACCUCCCUGGAAUCCUGACUCAGGAAGUUCCAGAAGAUCUAAUAAGUAGGAGACGAAGAUCCCUUUAUAUUCCUGAGGUGGAAGAAGUCAGAAUAAGCCCAAUUAUUUCCCGACGAGGCUACCUCAACUUCCUAGAAGAGAAGACCAAAGGAUGGGUGACACGAUACGUAAUAGUCCGCCGCCCAUACGUGUUCUUCUUCAACAGCGAGAAAGAUCCCGUUGAACGGGGCUUAAUUAACUUAGCUACUGCCAGAAUAGAAUACAGCGAGGAUCAACGAGCAAUGAUUGGGACUGCUAAUACGUUUUCUGUCUGUACUAAAUUCCGUGGAUUUCUACUUCAAACAGUAGGAGACAAGGAUGUUUUUGAUUGGUUAUAUGCAUUCAAUCCACUUCUAGCCGGUUCAAUCCGGUCAAAGAUUUCCAGACGUUCGCCUCAAAUGCUUGUUUGAAUAGAAUUAGCCAACAUUCUCACAUACCUAUCCUCUAAAUGGCCUCAUGUUGAUUGUUCAGCAAAUAUCAACCAAACAAAAUCACCUACUAAAUAUGAUAAUUAGGAUGCUAUAAAUAUAAUUACAAAAUAUUUUAUGAAGUGUAUAAAAGAAUUAGCCAAUCUUAGUCCAAUUAAAAGAUAUCUCUACAUCAGUUGGUAGACUUACAACCUCCCACAUAACAUAGGUGGUGGUUAAGUAUAUUCUGGUGUACAAUGGUUAAUAGAGUCCCUGUUUGUAUGUUAGAACCAGUCCAUUAACAUAUGUACAUUAAUUAUAAAUGUCUGUGCAAGUAUUCUCUAGUCUGCCACAUGCUAUAGCAUCUCUUACAUCAGAUAUGUACUUAAAUAUCCUAAAACACAAGCCAAAUUUAUAGAGAUACAUGCUAAAUUUUAGCUUGAUGACCAGGUAGAAUACAUGCCCUACUACAGCGUACAUGCCAAAUUUUCUGCUCUGUAUACAUUCCCAUUUGCAGCAUGUAGACCCUAUAGCAGAAUACAUGCUGCAGGUAGUUUUACAUUUCAAUAUCAGCAUAUAUGCCCCAUUUACAAGAUAUCUGUACACUCCAUGCAAGUCAAUUAAAUGUGUGCAUACAUGCCUGUUGGGCUGCUUACUUCCUGAAAACUAUUGUAACUGGGUUGUAAUGUUUAUGACUGUGUAUUGUCACCUCAUUCUGAAAUGCUGUUCCUAUUUGACAUUGUAACACUAGAGUCAAGAUUCUAACUGUUUGUAUUUAACUUAUUCUAGAUGAAGAGUAGAUAUAGCAGUAAAUGAGAUAGCUAUAUCCAAAAUACAGAUGCUGGUAAAAUAUAAAAUAACAAGUCUCACCAUUAAACAAUUAGAAAUUUAAUUGGCUAUUAAUGCUAAAAUAUUGACUAUUUUUUAUUUGGCAUCUCUGAAA